CAAGGACGCGAUAUCUGCGUAAAACGUAGAUGACUUAUAACAGAAAUAUCGUAUUAUCCUUGAUCGAAAUCGUUGCAUCCACCUGUCAGAUUUUGAGAUCGAGGAUCCCGAGACGAGGCGAUCUCCUGGUUUCAUGCGUGCAGCGAGGGAUGGAUUUGGUUCAUCUUCACAAUGUAUCUCUUACACAUUUCUGUUUCCACCAGAGAGAAAGAGAUAGAUAGAUAGAUACAAAGAGAGAGAGAGAGAGAGAGAGAGAAGGGACGACAAAAGAGAGAUAUCUCCAUCGCUCGACCCUGCCUUCGGCCUUUUUCGGCUCGCGCUCGCACUCGCAUGCUGGCCAGAUUGCAGCUGUUCGAAGAAAGUUCCUUACGCAGUGUAAAACACAAGAACGCGUUCUUUGUUCGGGAAAAGGAAAACGGCUCCCACGCGUGAACCGUAUACGGGAAUUUACGUGAAAGCGUGAAUUUUCGAAAUAUACACACACGACGAGCGGCCGGUAGCAGCGUUAGUAGGAGCAGAUGACGGUAUCGCGAGCAUUGUGAGCGGAUCGGAACCAAUGGGCGCACCCGUUACACGACCGGCAGUGGACGGACCGUUUUGUAAGCCGCGAGCGGAUUGGUCGCCUUGCCGUGCUCCACCACCGGCUACCAUAACGAACCUGAGGAGCGUGGAGCGUGUGGAAUGAUCGCAGUUUGAAUGAGUGCGGUCGCGAGCGCGUGGUGAGAUUCUGACAACGUGGUGAACCAUUUUUAUUUUUUCUUUCUCUUUUUUUUUUUUUUCGUCUUGCGACAACCGCGGGGGGAUUUUUUACGGUUAACGUUGCACCGCGCGAGACUUUUUACCCCUUCAUCCGCGUGUGCGCGAUUUCGCGAUGAUUCCGCGCGUCGCGAUGAAGGCCAUGCAGAAGCUGCACUACGAGGCGUGCGACAUGCAGAACGAGGAGCUGAGCUGGAGCUGUCGCGUUGACAAUAACUCCGACUGCGAUAUCGGCAACUCUUCCGCGGACGACUUUGGCACGCCGCCUCCGCUGCAGCCGCGGAAGCUCUUCGAGACGAUGGAUUGCAUCGAUGAGAGUCAGUCGACCAAUAAUAACAGGAUUUCUCCUUCAAAAGGUACUCCAGCCAUCAAGAUUCCUGUCAUCAGUCAUAAAGAUGAUAAUUCUGAGAAGACGUGUAGUCCACCUUACAAAUGUGUUAGGGCCUUACGUUUAUUUGAUUCACCUACUACUCCUAAAACUAUGAUAGAGAAGAAUAUAGUAAUGCAGACUCCGUUUCCAUCUAAAUGCACCAGACUUUUUUUCCUAGACAAACCUAGACCUUCUAAAAUAAGUCCCAGUUACCAAAAUAAGUCCGACAAACCUGUGGCAAAUGUAAAUCCAUUUACACCUACUGGCAUGUUAAUAACAGCGAAGAAAAGAAGCAGAUCCAAACGUAGUCUCAAUGGUAGUAGUGGUAGCUCACCGGACAUGCAAAAACCAAAGUUUGAUCUCGCCGAUUCUGAGGAUUCGGACAACGAAUACGAACACGCGACAAAACGCGUGGCGCUACAAGAUUCAAAUAUAUCGCGAUACCACAAAGAAUUCCACGAACUCGAUUUGAUCGGGAGCGGCUCGUUCGGCUCCGUAUACAAGUGCAUCAAUCGGCUGGACGGGUGUACAUAUGCUGUCAAGAGGAGCCGGAAGCCGAUCGCGGGUAUCGUCAGUGAAUCCAACGCACUAAAUGAAGUAUAUGCCCACGCCGUGCUCGGCAAGCAUCAACACGUAGUCCGCUACUAUUCCGCUUGGGCGGAGGACAGUCAUAUGAUCAUCCAGAACGAAUACUGCAACGGCGGCAGUCUCGCGGACGCGAUCACCAAUCUUCAGAAAGAGAAAAAGCAGUUUAGCAAAGCGGAGAUGCGUCAGCUGCUGCUACAUGUGGCCGAAGGGCUAAAAUACAUACACAGUAUGCAACUGGUGCAUAUGGAUAUCAAACCCGCGAAUAUAUUCAUCUCCAGGGAGGGAAAAUUACCAUCGAGCAAUUAUGAUUCCACCGACGACGGUUUCGAGGAGGACGAAACUGUCGACGAGAUCACAUACAAGAUUGGUGACCUCGGCCAUGUCACUUCCAUCAAUAAUCCGCAUGUGGAGGAGGGCGAUUGCAGAUACCUGCCGUUGGAGGUCCUACAAGAUGAAUAUAGCCAUCUACCAAAGGCCGACAUCUUCGCUUUAGGAUUGACUGUUUAUGAAGCGGGUGGCGCGGGACCCAUGCCGAAGAACGGGCUUGAAUGGCAUAGAUUGCGAGAAGGAAAUGUACCAGAUUUACCGCAUUACGGUCGCGAUCUCAACAGCUUAUUGAAGCUGAUGACUCACCCCGAUCCGCAGAUGAGACCAUCGGCAACUUGUUUGACACAGCACAGGGUUUUACUUCCGCUCGGGAAUAAAACUAAAGCGCAAUUGCGGAGGGAAUUAAGUUUGGAGAAAUUAAAAAAUGAGAUUUUAACUAAGCGAUUAAAGGAUGCGGCGAUAUUUCUGAAGAAUAUCGCGCCGAAUGUCACUGAUAAUAUCGACAAACAAUUGCGAUCGGUCACUAUGCGACCUCGUGUCAUAGGCAAAAAGAUCAAUCGUAGUAACAGCAUUAUAUAGUGCUGUUAUAUUGUAUAGUGCUAUAACGGACAACACUUGUAUAUAGCAGAAGAGUAUCAAUGCGUAGGGCUUUUAUGUUGUUCAAGUGGUAAAAAAAUUUCGCAUGUAAAAAGCGAAAAGUCCCGGCUUUGAUUUUCGGUUCAUCGUUAUCGUACACUUGAUACUUUUCUUCUCGCUCAUACAAUAAUAUUAAACAAACGUCUAUGAUACCAUCGUAUAUAGCUGUAGGUCGCAAUCACCAGUGACAUUCGAAAAUGUCGCGUUGUCUAACCGUUUAGUUAUAAUCAUGUUCAUUACUGCGAUAGUUCCAUUAGAUUUCCCUCAUGGAUGUCGCAGAAACGAUAUAAACUACAGUCUUCUUCUUGAAAUUGUAGUCGGCUGAAUUUUAAUUGAUCGAAAGCAACUUUUUCUUUGAAUAUAAAAAUGGUUUUAUAUUUUACAGAUAUAUGGUGCAUCAAUUGUACUGUCAGCAUGUACUUUCAGUAUUCAGCAUGUUUCAAAAUUAUAUUUAAUCUCAUUUUGCAUGUGCUCAGAGAAAAGAGAAGAAAAAGCGCCAUUGGUUAAAACUUAUUCUGAAAAAUAAAAAAAAAGCAAUAAUAUCGACAAAAAGAGAGCGGGAGGGAGGGAGAAACAUAUUGCCUGCCUAUCGAUAUUAUUGAUUUUUUGUCUUGUAUUGCCAAAAAAUCUAUCUAUUCUUUAUCUUUUUAAGACGUAACUUAAGCAUAUCUAUAGCGCGAAAUCUCAGGUUGACAAAUAUAUUUUUCUAUUAUAACGUAACAUUUUAUAUAAUAUGAUGUUUAUUACUUAAUAGUUAAUUAUCAAUGCCUUUUAUUAUCAUCAUUUGUAAAUGAUCUUGCAUUAUGACAUUAUUCAAACUAUUAUAUUCUGAUUGUAUAAAAUUUAUAACAUACAGAAAAAACUAUUUCUACAUUAAUGCGAUUCAUAGUUUUCUAUUACAAACAGAGACAAUUAAUUAUAAAAAGUUAUGUAAAACAUAUUAAGACUAUUAUUUGCUACUGUGCCGUUAUACUUAUGCUAUAAUAAAAAAUUAAUGUUCAUUACUUUUAUCAACAUUUCAAACGAUAUACAAUAAUUAACUAUUUUUACUGAUUGCGACUGCAAAAUGAUUUUAUCAAAUAAUUUUGCUUUUAUUUAAUAUUUGAUGCCAAAAAGGUAUUAUCUCUAAUUCUGCUAAUAAUUGAGUAGAAUAAUAAUUGGUUUAUAUAAGGUCACAAGCGUGACAUUUGAUACUCUCUAGUAUGACAUUUCCAUUAAUAACAAAAAAAUAUAAAAUUAGAAGCUUAAAUUUUACUUUAAUAUCAUUUUAUCAUAGGCUUAUUAUCUUCCACAACAUAUACUCUCAAAAAUUUGUAUUUCUGGUCAUAUAUUAUACAUUUUUAGAAUAAUCAUUGAUGUGUGUGUGUGUGUGUGUGUGUACACAUACAUCUAUACACACGUACAUUUAACAAUCUAUGUUUGUUUCUUAAUAAUCUAUGUUUGUCUAGUGUUAUUAGCAGAUAGGUGCUAUAGUUAUUACAAAUAACAAAACAAAAAGAUAAAAUAAAAAAAAUUUGGUUUUUUUUAGUUUUCAACUGAUACUUGUCACAAAAUUUUUACAAGGUUUUUGAAAUUUGCUGUGGCACACACAUACAAAUAUUAUUUACGUAUAAGUUAUAUUUUUCUAAUUAUGAAUGGAAAAUUAAUCGUUUUUCUACAUUAUAUUUUUUACAUGUCAUAUUUUGCGCAUUUAACUCUUUCAUUAAAGUCUUUAUUUUUGUAAUGAGGACAAUCACAAAUAAUAGAUAUAACAAAUGUUUAUGUUGCUCGAGUGAUACAAACUCAUUUUGCAGAAUUUCACAAUUUCCCAAAGAAAAUGUUACCCUUACAGUUUAUUACAGAUUGAUUUGUAAACAUUAUUGUAAACCUUACUUUGUCAUUUGCUAAGUUGUGCUAAGAUGUGCUGAAAUGUCAUUUCUUCCAAUUUCUUUGGUAUUAACAAGAAGAAAUGCGACUUAUCGACUAUUUCUGUCUCUUUUGCGAGCGAAAACGAUUGAUCUUACAAUUAUAUUAUAUAUAAUUAACUAUAUGGGAGACAAUAUCUUUUUAAGAAUGGGUCCUUAAAUCGGAUAUUUGUUAAGCAUAAUCGUCAUUGCUAAGCACUGUAGAUCAAUACAUAAGUUUUUGCUUUUUAAUUGUAAAAUUAUAAUAAGGUAAUAGUUUUCGCAUCAAUGUAUCUUUUUCUUUCAUAUUCUUUAUAUGGAUAUUAAUCGAAAAUAAGCGUUUAUUACAUUUUAAAAUGUUCUUAUAAAAUGAUACAAAUUAAUAAUAUGAUGAAUAUCGAAUCAGUUAAUUUAACAGUUUGAUUAAUCAAAUUAAUUGAUAAGAUAACACAAGUUAACUUAUAUUGAAAUUUGUAUUAUUUUAUACUUUAUUAUUUGUAUUGGUAUAUUCUUACUGUAAUAUUUUGUAUAAUUCUUACUGUAAAUUUAUGUGAAUUGUUUUAUGCUCGCAAAAGAUUUAAAAAAAAAGAAACCGAUAAGUCGCGUAAUCGUAAACUCGCUUUAUAAAAUCUUGUGAUUUUUACUGAUUCUACUGAGCAUAACAUGCGAAUCAAUUUGUGUUUUAUACAUUACUGAUUAUAAUGAAUAGAUCUGACGUCCACAUAUUUUUGUAUGAGAUAUCUCCCAUUAGUUUGUAAUACAUUUUUCUUUCUUUUUUUGACGUGAUGACAAGAUUCGCUGAAUCUUGCGCUCAUUUAUCGCGCGCGCGCGCGCGCGAGUGUGAUUAACACAUGUGAGAAGAAACUUUGUGAGAGUAAUCACAUUUAGACAUUCAUAGUCUAGUUUUGUGUCUAAUUUUAUAAGCCGCUAUUACAAUUAUUUAAAAUAGUUAUGUAUAGCGUGUUAUGUAAAUUAUGUAUAGCAUUAUGUAAGUUAUAUAUAGCAUUAUGUCACUUAUGUAUAACAUUAUGUAAGCAUAUGUGAAUAUCUUUCUAAACAAGAGGAAGCAAGUGCCGAAAUAGAUACGUGUCAGCAAUAGGGUGGACCUUAAACUAUAGAUAUAUGCUCGUUUACCAUGCUUAAACGUAAAUUGUUUGAAACAUUUAAUAUCAUUAAUUAUUAAUUAUAUUAUUUAUAUUAUUAUUUCUUUGGUCUUUUUGUGCCUGUCAGGUUCACCCUGUGACCUCUGAUCCCACAGGAUGGGCAUGCGUAUAAUACCUUUAUAAUUCUUAUUAUUGUUAUUAUUAUUAUGAUAAUAAACAGGCUGUUAUACUUUCCACUCUUAAAA